AUGGAUCCUCAUCGACUUUACUCACAAUCGUCAAGGAGUAAAGGUGUCCAUAAAGUGGAUCUGUCUAAUAUUCCGGACCCGCAAAGCCUGAGCAUUCGUCUCGGGAUUCAAAUGGUCAUGAUCUCGCCUCGGCCGCUUGUUGAAGCCUGGCGACGUUCUCGUCCAGAGGGGGCAUUGGAGCACGUGCAAGCCGUCCUCCCAACCAGUGGACCCUCCUGCCACACGGGGUCGCAUGUGCAUGUCCCUUCUCCGGUACAUUCCCCUUUCGUAUCCGGACAGGCAGGUCGUCUCUGCUGCCCGGGAACUCUCCGCAUCAUACUCGUCAUGCUCAGCUGGGCCAAGCGCCCGAGACACGCCCCAGUUGCUCCAUUAUUACCAACCAACCAUACCGUCUUCUCCAUUGGUCAUCAACGCCAACAUAUUCACUUUUGCGGGGCAGAACUACCACACGCAAGCACAUGCCCCGCACUGCAUCUGUUGUCUCUGGCAAGAUUGUCGCUUGCCACGCUAUCGGGCAAUGCGAUGCUCUCCGUGCCGCAAUUCUCCACCCCCGACUUGUGUGCUGCUUCGUAUUUAAGAUGGGAUAAUCCGAAGCGCUUUAGUACAAUUAGAUGGCCGCUUGGUGCAACGGCUGAGGUAACACCCCACUACACGGUUGUUUCUUGGCUAGAUACUGGCGUACGUGGAGAUAAGUACUUGGUCACCCAUAGACAUGGAAUGGUUAACUCUAGAUCAGCCUGGAUAUAUUUCCGCUCUACUGAUAUAGUAAAACUCGGACAUCGAUGGGACAUGAAGCGGCUAGACUAG